CGGUCCGGUCCGGCCCUGGCCGCUGCCCCUUCCCCACCGCCCGGUCCGGCCCUGGCCGCUGCCCCUUCCCCACCGCCCGGUCUGGCCCCAGCCUCUAAACCACCGCCCGGACCCUCCGGGGAAGGAGGAACAAGAUGCCUAACCCCGGAGAGGAGACACCCCCCAGUGACUGCAGUGAUCCAGAGAGUGUGCCCUGUAGGCCCAGGAAAGCGAGGCAGGCCCAGGAGAGCCAUGAUGGGGACGUGCCCAGCCUCUGCCCACCACAGCUGCCAACGUCCAGCCCUCCACGAGUUCUUUCCAUGGCAGAAUUACUAGAAACAGCACAAGAAGUUUCUAAAAUGACCAUUGCACACGAGAUUGUGGUGAACCGUGACUUCAAGUUGCAAGAGGUCAACUUCUCACCAAACAGCCUGGAAAGCCGAGUGAAGGAGACAUUGCACAAAGCUUUCUGGGACAGUCUGAAAGAACAGCUCUCUGCUAGUCCACCAGACUACACACACGUGAUCCAACUGCUUCAGGAAAUUAAAGAGACCAUACUGUCACUGUUGCUGCCACGGCACAGCCGUCUGCGGGGCCAGAUUGAAGAAGCCCUGGAUAUGGAGCUGAUCAGACAGGAGGCUGAGCAUGGGGCUCUUGACAUCCCCAAUCUCACCAUGUACAUCUUAGGUACAAUGGCGAUGCUGUGUGCACCUGUUCGAGACGAGGAAGUGCAGAGACUACGGGGUGUGACAGACCCAGUUCAGUUGCUCAGGGAGAUUUUCCAGGUGCUAGACCUGAUGAAAAUGGACAUGGUGAAUUUUACCAUCCAGAGCCUCCGGCCCCACCUGCAGGAUCACUCCGUCCAAUAUGAGCAGAAGAAAUUCCAGGAGCUCCUUGUCAAGCUGCCCAACAGCCUGGAUCACACAACUGAGUGGUUACACAAAGCAGCAGCAGAAGUCUCUGCAUCAUCUUUGUCAUCCCCAUCCCAUCCUGAGGUCCAUGGAUCACCCGCUCCACUGUCAUGGGGGGCUGUCAGUAGGAGCUCAUCUACACCAAGUCCCACGUCUGUGUUAAACCAAGGAUACAUGAAUCUGCUCCGCUGGGAGCCAAGCAUAGAGAAAUACCCUGAGACUCUGUUGAUGGACCAAGCCCGGCUGCAGGAGGUACAGUUGCAAGUGAAUCAGCUAACAAUCAUAGCUGCAGUCCUGCUAGUGUCCAGCAGUGUGUGUGGAAGUGCCUUGUUCAGCUCGCCUGGGUUUGUAGAUAGGCUGAAACGGGUAACAAAGGCCCUCUUGGAAGGGCUCCCUCACACCAGGUUUCGAGAAGCUUUGCUGGACAUCAGCAAUCAUGUGCACCAGGAAGUUAGUGAAUCUCUCUUGCAACUGGGUUACCCUGCUUUCACCAGCGAUAAAUCUGCUUCCCUUAAAGGCCAGAUAAGGAGCAUUGCAGAGGAGGACAAUGCUGUGCGGAGCGUAAUUGAGCAGCGGAUCCAUUCAUUUCUCAGCCUUCAUCUGUCUCCUAGUGCCCAGAACUCUCGCAGUCUCCCAAAAGGCCUUGCUCCAAUUCAGGAAGAACUGCUGGAAGUUAGCCACAGAUUUGGCAGUGUGAUUCAUCACAACAGGCAGGUGUAUGGACCCUACUACCUGGCAAUUCUAAAAAAGGUUGUUCUCCCAGGCGCAGAGCCAGAAGCCGGAAUAGAUUCUUUCUAACUCUUACAGAAAGCACCACAGGCACUGGGGCCAGAAGGAAGGAGGACUCAGCUAGUUUUCAGACUCAUGCUUUGGCUUGUAAAGUCUGUUACAGCCAACUAAACAGCUGUCCUGUUCUCUGCAGUAGCAUCCAAAGCACUUCUGCAGCUGGGCCACCAUAGCUGCUGGGGACAGUUACAUAAAUACCACUGGCCACUUCCCAAUUUGUCUGAAUAAACCUUUAAACUAAAAAAAAAAUUGCCUUUUUUCAUACCUGCUGUUAGUUGGUCUCAUUACUUUGAAUAAAUAUGGUAAGAUAGCCUAGAUAGAUUUCAUAAUGUUGUAAUGCAUCCUGUGAAUUUGAACCCUGAUUUUUUUCUUGCCUUGCCAUUAACUGUGGGUUUUAGCCUGCUUUCCUGACACCUCUUAGUCUCAGCCAGGGAGAGGGGAUUUGAUUAAGAUGCUUUGUGUUAAUGACAGAGCUUACUUUCUAAUGUAACUGAUAUACUCCUUCAGUGUUAACUUUAAAAUCAGGUUUACUUCAUAUGUGCCAUCUACACUAGCUCAGUUUAAUCCCCUCUGGAUUUAGUAUUUUUGCAUUCAAAUCUACUGUAACCAGUUCCUAAAUUUUAACAUGCAUUGUUAAAUGUGGGGCUUUUCCUCCAUCUCCUUUCUACUAGUGAAUUUUCAAUACUUUAAAGCUGCAUUAGUAAACUCUUUCUGCUAGAGCAAUACUGUGCUAUCAGAGCUGCCAGGGUCUUUGAGGUUCUGUUACAAUUGUAUCUUAAUAUCAAACUAUUGAUGUAGUACAGCAAGAAUUGCUUUGGCUAAAAGAUGGCUAGGGUGUGGGAGCUUUGUUUUGUUGCAGGGAGAAGCAGUGUUUUCUAGGAGUUGGCAGUUGAACUGUGGUAAAGAUGCAUAGGUUAUGGUCCUGCCAAUCCCCUCACCCUCCAUGGCACAAGUUGCCCAUCUGUAAAUGUGGGAUGGGGGUGAAGGGAAGAGAACUAGUUUUUUUUUCAUCCUGGGGGGUAGGGGAGGAGAGAUGAAAGGUGCUGCUAGUAUGGGCUUCAGCCAUUCUCUGGUUCAGACAUGCACCCCCAUGUGCAUUUAUACCUAUGUUUUUAAUAAAUAAAUGGGCUUGACAUUUCAAAAAUAUAAUGCUGAAUAUUUAAUACUUUUCAUGGAGAGUUUUUUUAGGGGGUCCUUUAAAGCUCUAUCGGGAUUAUUUAGAAGACACAUUCAUAAAUCUCUACAUUCAUGGGACCAUGAGAACUGCAUACUGCCAUUAAAAGGAUUUAAUUUUUUUGUUUGGACAUAAAUGAUAUAGAAUAGCCUCAUCAUUAGUGUUUCAGGUUUUGUAAUCAUAACUGCAAGAGAACCACUAUCCUUUGACAUGUCAGCAGUAAGAUGGGGCAACAGCAGUGAUUAACAUUAAUUAGAGGGUUCAGGAAAAAUGGUCAAAGAAGCAGCUGUCUCAUGUGAAGGAAGUGGGUCCAUACUAUUAAACUAACACUAGCUGAUCUUAGAAAAAAAGUAGAUUUAAUUUAAAACUGUCAUGCAGGUCUUGAGCCAAACCAUUUUACAGUUUAUUUCAUGUGAUUAAUUUCCGUUACUAACUUGCAGUCAAAGGGGAGCAGAAUGUGCGCUUCCUCUGCUUGUCCUACAAACCUUAGUUGCACAGCCCUCAUCUUCUGCAGGAGAAUGAAAAUGUUGAACAGAUAAAUUCAAAUCCCACAGUAGUGUUCAGGAGGGAGAGUUCUUACCAUUUAUCAGCUCAAACAGUUUUAUAUUCUAUUGUAAAAGUUAGCAGAAGUUGGCUACUGAAUGAUAAUCACAAGUAAAAGGUAAUAGACCAAAGAGAUAUUUCAUGGUUGCCCUGACAAGUCAUUUUCUCCACUGAAUUUGCAUAUGGAUAGAAUAGUUCCCUGGUUUAACCAAAACAAACAGCCAUUUUGGUUCCAGGCACCAGCCAGUGCUUAUUUCUUGACCAAAUUCAAAUUUAAAAAAUGAAAAUUAAAGACUUCCACACUAUCUA